CGCGAGGCAGAGCACGGUGUGCCACUCUCUUCACCGCCCACAGCAGCAUCGCCCAAGAGCUUAGGACAGGCAGUCAAGGAGAGUGCCAUGGCCAGUUGAAAGCGGAGGGGCAGUUUUAGUUCCUUGGUUAUGGCCGCAAAAGACCCCUGUAAGAAACACGCCUGUGAAAUCCAGAAAUGUUUGCAAGCAAAUCACUACUUGGAAUCGAAAUGUGAAGCGGUUUUCCAGGAGAUGAGACGGUGUUGUGCCCGGUAUCCUAAGGGCGUAUCCCUCUCUUGUUCAGGCUUUCAAGGGGAGGGAAAAGAGAAGCAGGUACCAGAUUCCAAUCAAUCCCCACUUCCGAAGCCCUGAGGGAAGCCCGUUCUCUGGGAGGGCUGAGCAGCCUUACCUGCCGUCGACGUAGCUACCGCGCUAUACCUCAAAUCUGUUCUCUUGCAUGGGAGGGCUACCCCCACGACGCAAGCUGGCUCCUCUUUCUCCAGACCCUGACGAAAGACCCGAACACAACAACAUCCUCUCGUCGGUCGAAGGGUAGAGCCCCUAGCACUUUUGUUGUCAAAACGAUGUUACUGCUGUAGCCUUAUUGUAAAGUAGUUUGGAGUAGAAUGCCUUGAUUUGUGAAUAGUCCGUUUCCUUUGUUCUGUUGUCCAGAAGAGCAAUAUUCCACUGGAAGGUGAAAUCCAGCCUGUUUUUUUUUUUUUUUUUGCUGGGUGUCAAAUUUCAGACAUAUCUCGUUUACGUCUGGUACGUGUAAGCUUAAGUCCUUCGUUGAAACGCAAAGACUUUACCCUCGCGAAGUCGUCGUUCCCCGCCCUGUUUGAAAGUUGUCCUUUUCCGCUGGCGAAUAAAGCCCAGAGCGCCAGCUUUUUAGCUCAGCGGUAGGUUUUCCCCGAGGUGCCCGCCGGCAAUGUUGAGACGAAGCCACCCGGUUCUCUGGGCUUUCGAUUCGGAAGAGGUCCAAACCCAAUUGCACAAUAUUGGUUUUAUGUCACGCUGUAGUAGAAGCAGCCGAUUUCAGGGAUAGUUACGUUGUGUGUGCUGUGUGGCCUCCUCUCCCUAUUUGUAAAGCAAUAGGCACUUUUGUGGAAAGAGUUGAAAGUAUUAUUUUUGAAAUUCAACAUUUUGCUAUUUUAUGCGGAUGAAAUCCCAUUUCUACGACGGGGAAAAAAGAAUGUUAAGUGUAGCACCCCUUUCCUCUUCACCCCCCCUCCCCAAAUUUAGACCGAAUCAAAUAUUUCUCAAGGGAUUUUGAGCACCCUUGAUAACUCUCGCUGUUCUGUAUCUCGUGCCUCCUCAGUGUCGAAACCAUCGCAAAAUAACUGCAAUGUUGUGUAUACCAUAAGCAGGCUUUUAGCAAAGCUGGUGGAAUGAGAUUCUGACCCUGUUGCAGUUCAAUAAAUACUCAAUCCAUACAA